AUGGGUGAGCUUGUAAAUGCUGCAAGAACAUUAGGUGAAACAGGAAAUUUUGUAGAUGGUUUUAAAAGACUUGUUUCAAAUGUUUUAACAAACACAAAGAAAUUAUUUAGAUAUACCGUACAUAACGGACGGAUUUUCGAACAGAUAGCAACAAACCCUCCGGUUAUGGCUGCGUUGAUGAUGGUUAGAGAUAUAAAACCACGUAACGACGGGAACGAAGAACAUGAACAACAGGAUACUGGUCGGGUUAUUCGAGACAUUAAAAACGUGUAUCCUGAAGUUAUUGAUUUAUUUAGAGGAGUUAAUGAUUCAAUUUCAAAACAUUCUAUAACCCUCGAUGAAGAGAAUAAAUUAACAGAUUAUAUAUUCGUCAUUAUUGCAGAAUUAAUGAAGAGAAUAAAUGAAAAAGGAAUUGGUGAUAUCAUUAAUGUCAGCGAUGUAAUGAUGAAAAGAAAUUUUGACUCAUUAUUUACAAAACCGAAAACAGAAUAUAGUCUUUAUGACGUAAUUACCGAAUUAAUGAAAAAGAUUAAUGAUAAUAAGAGUUCUGGCGGAAGAGUUGAAUUAGAAGUGAAUGAUGUUAAUGAGAAAUUAGCCGAAAAAGCAGACAAAAAUGAGCUUUUAGCUCUGAGUGAUAAAGUCAAGAACCACGUUCAUUAUAUAACUUCAGACGAACAGAUUAUAACGGACUACCAUGGAUAUUUAACACGAAGUGAUGAAGUGAAGACGGAAGACCCCAAUGAAAGAAGAUAUAAAUACAUUCGUGCUAAAGGUUAUGACAUAAGCUGUACUGUACAGUAUGACACGGGUAAAGCACCAGAAGCAUUUAGUUAUAACGAUGAAAUUUAUGCCUCUACUUUCUCUGUUAAAGGUGUAUUAGUUGAACCAAGAUUUACUUUGAGAGUUAAGUCAAAAAUAACGUUUGAAGAUGCUAUUAAAAGUAAAGCUGACAAAGUUGAACUCGAAGCAAUGAACAAAGUUUUGAAAUCUCAUAAACACAACAUCUCCGAUAUAAAUGAACUUCAAGCUACAUUAGACAGUAAAGCCGACAAGAACCAUACACAUAAAUCCUUCACUACUGUUAGAGCAGACGACAUAAUAUUGAACUUUGACCUUGGUUCAAGUGCACCUUUAGAGAAUCCAAGCACUAGUGUAAAAGAUACACUAAACUCCUUAAAUAGUAAAUGUAUGAAUAUCGAAGAUCAU